CUGAGCAGCUCCUCCGGGUUUAAUGCCUCCAGACAGGCUACGGCUUCCCAAAAUGAGACUCUGGGCACUCCUGCCAUUCCUGACCCCCUUCAUCUUCCCAUGGAGCAUCCAGGAGCCUGAACUGGCAGAGGGGUUCUUUAUCAGAUCAUGCCCAAGAGUCAGAGUGAAGUGUGAGGUUCAAGAGAGGAACGAGUGCACAAGGCACAAGCAGUGUACAGACAAGAAGAGGUGCUGCCCGUUUGCCUGUGGGAAGAAAUGCUUAGACAUCAAGGAAGAUACAUGCAGUCUGCCACAGGAUUCUGGCCCCUGCUUGGCUUACUUUCCACGCUGGUGGUAUGACCAAGAAGCCAAGCUCUGUACCCAAUUCAUCUAUGGUGGUUGCCAAGGGAAUGCGAACAACUUCCUAUCCAAGGAUGUCUGUGUAUCCAUUUGCAUAAACAAAAACCAUAGGUUUUCCUGGUUAUGAAAAGGAUGAGUGGGAAGAAUCUCCAGGCCUUGGCUCCUAGUCCAAGGCUUUCUUCCUGUGAGCCUAACACAUGCUUCAGAUUGGCCAAGUCUUAGCCACUAAGACUUGUUCCCAAAACAAUGCCAGAGUUUCCUUAUUCCCUCCUCGCACCCCAGCUUCUCU